GAGGAUGUUAAACUGCCACCUAGUGGUGGAAGAAGAGUGUAACAAAGCACAUGUAAAAUUCAAGAUGGCUGAUAACUCACCCAAACAUUCAAAUGGGUCCUCCCAAUCCAAAAGUCAAACAGACACUCCGACUGGGAAUUAACAUUUUCACCGUAUGACCCGGAAGUUUCUUUUCGUAGGGGGCGGUAAUCACUUAUCUGUGAUCAAAUCCAGAAGAAGAAAAAAACGACGAAGAAGAAGAAGCCGGAGACUGUCAUCUUGGUGGCCAAAAACUUAAUUCAUGUGAGUGCAGAGCCGUCCGUGCGUGUAGACGGAGCCAUGGCCGGUCCAGAGCUCCUGUUGGACUCCAGUAUUCGUUUGUGGGUGGUGCUGCCCAUCGUCUUCAUCACCUUCCUGGUGGGGGUCAUUCGUCAUUACGUCACUCAGCUGUUGCACAGCGACAAGAAGGUGGACCUGGAGCAGGUCUCGGACAGUCAGGUGCUCCUGCGGAGUCGCAUCCUGAGGGAAAAUGGCAAAUACAUCCCUAAACAGUCGUUCACCAUGAGGAAACAUUACUUCAACAAUGCAGAGACCGGCUUCUUCAAGAAGGUCAAGAGAAAGGUCGUCCCCAAAAACCCAAUGACAGACACCAGCAUGCUGACGGACAUGAUGAAAGGCAACCUGACCAACGUGCUUCCCAUGAUCGUGAUUGGCGGAUGGAUCAACUGGGCCUUCUCUGGAUUCGUCAUAACCAAGGUUCCGUUCCCGCUGACGCUGAGGUUCAAGCCCAUGUUACAACGUGGAAUUGAUCUGCUGACGCUGGAUGCCUCCUGGGUGAGUUCUGCAUCCUGGUACUUCCUUAACGUCUUUGGCCUGAGGAGCAUGUACAGCCUCAUCCUAGGACAAGACAACGCGGCUGACCAAUCACGCCUCAUGCAGGAUCAGAUGACAGGCGCCGCCAUGGCCAUGCCCCCAGACCCUAACAAGGCUUUUAAGAGCGAGUGGGAGGCACUGGAGAUCGUGGAGCACAAGUGGGCGCUGGAGAAUGUGGAGGAAGAGCUCAUGUCCCGAGAUUUGAACUUUGGAACCUUCUUCAGCCAGGACAUCAAGUCUACCAUGUUCUAGAAGCACCACAAGCUUCGGUUACGCCACACUUGAAGGUUCUGCUGUUCUUCAGAAUGGUCACCGUUAAUGUAAUGUUACGCGGCGAUGCAUUCACUGACACGUGGUGCUUUUGCCAUCAUCACCAAUCUCGUCUGUUUAACCUGAAGUGACUGUUGUGUAUUUAAGAAAAAAUAAUAUUCCAACUUGGACAUGUGAAAUAUACAAACAAAGUUUCUGGAUCAUAAGAAUUCUUUUAAUUAUUUGAAAAGUCUUAUAAAAUCUGGUGAUAUUUGACAAAGAGUACGACCAAAAGAAGUUUGCUCUGGUAGAAAAAUACUGUAUAGCAGCAGCAGCGCCAUCAGCUGUCAAACAUUUGGUCUGUUUGUCGUUAAAUAUGAAAAUAAGUGUUGAUGCAUCCUGAUGAGGCCGUGUGACCUUCAAACUCAUUCAAUAAAUACCAGAACAAGCAAAAUAUACACAAAGGAAAAGCAAACGCCGUCCCCUUCAGGUGCCGUGUGCGCACGUGAUGCCAUCCACUAAAAUGUCAACAUGUCAAAGGAAUUAGGUGACAUGAUACUAAAGUAAUUUUUGUUUCCAACCAAAGAUGAAAGAAAAAGUUGACAGUCCAUAAAAGUCCAGACUUCUCCAAUCAAAACUGCUGAACCGUUAAGCUCCUCCCACUCAGUGUCGUACAUUAAAAAUCUUUCAGAGAAAG